UUAGCUUCAUUUCAAAGAACAACAAGAAAAAAAUAUAAUUUUGAAACAUGAUGGAAAACGACAAAAUCAAAAUUUCUAUUGUGACUCGAAAAUUUUUAAAAUACAAUCUUCUAUGGCCAGAUGAAAAGACUGAAUUAAAUCCGGGAAUAAAAUACAAAAUUUCUAUUUUAGGAUUUUUUGUAAUAACUGGUUUGUUAGUUUUAUCUCUUACACUCCAUUUUUGUGUAACUAUUACAGCUGGUCACGAAAUGGAUGCAGAAGAGUUUGCAAUUCUUAUUGCCCUUUAUGGUUCCUAUUACAUGACAUGCGCCUAUUUAAAAAACCAACAUAAAGUGGCACUUUUGAUGCGAGAUCUUUCAGUUUUCAAAAGUUUUGGAAAACCUCCAAAUUUUGAAAAACGGAAUGUUCAACUAAACUUUUUAGCUAAAGUUUUGUAUUUCUACACAUUACUUGCUACGAUAUUUUAUAACGGUAAACUACUAAUAAACAAGAAGGAAUGUAAGAGAAUAAAUAAGGAAAAAGGAUUAAAUAAUAAUUAUUGCGGAUUACUUGUAUCAUGUUGGUUACCGUUUGAGAUAGAUUAUUUCCCUGUGUUUCAACUGGUUUUAAUUUAUGUUUUUCUAAGUGGUUACAUGCUAAUCAAACUGGCAUUAACCAUUUCUUUCAACGCCUUUGAAAUUGUAUGUAACAUUGUCUUAAGGAUUGAACAUUUAAAAAACAUGAUUUUGGAAUCUCUUAAUGAAAAUCGGAAUGAUAUUCGUCACAUAAAAUUUUUACGAUGCAUAUUAUAUCACAUCGAAAUAUUGAAUUUAGCGGCUAGACUGGAUGACAGUUUUUUUAAUGCAAUGUUUGGUCACUUGGCUUUAGUUAGUGGAAUAUGUGCCUGCUUGGAAAAGCAAAUUAUCUCGGGAGUUAAUGUUGUUGCAGGUACUUUGCAUUUUUUUGGCUGGAUUUUGGCGCUGUUUGUUGCUUGCGUUGCUGGACAAUAUCUGAUUAAUGCUAGCGAAAUUUUACCAAGUGCUAUCUGGGCCGCAAAAUGGUAUCAAGCGGAUUUGGAGUUAAAAAAGAAUGUGCUUUUUAUGCUUGCAAGAUCACAAAAAUCUCUUUUUAUACGAGCUGGUCCUUUCGGAAUUCUCUGUUAUCCACUUUUUGUUACGGUUUUAAAAACUUCAUACUCGAUUCUCUGUGUGAUGACAUCAUAAAAUGCUCACUUUUAGGAAUCUUUCAAAUAGCAAAUUGCACCUUUAAAAAUUUUAUAUGUAAUGUAGUUUCA